CCACAUCCUGGUUUGUGUGUAGCACAAGAAGGAGGAGAGCUGACAAUUCUUGUUUUUUUGCAUAAGUAAACACCUUUCCCUCAAGGCAUGCUUGUGUGAAUUAUCAGGUAGUGUGUUCACAGAUGUGAUUGCACCAAAGCUCUGUUGUGUCUACAAUACUUCUUGUUGACAGGAAAUACUUCAAUUCAAAGGUAUCAGCUCUUCCUUUCAGGAACUGAAAGCUCUCUGAUUUAUCGCAGCUAUGAGAUGUCAAGCGGUUUUGCACCUUGCUGUUGUAAUUGUCGUCAUUACCUGGCUAAUCACCAUCAAUUCAUUCGAUAUACAGAAGAAAGCAAGACAUAUUCUUGGGUUUAAUGUAAAAGAUCAAAUCACGCUGAAAUUCAAAACAGCUACAACAAUACCUGAGCCAAAAUGCAGCCUCUCCGGAGUCUGUCCACCUGACCAUUUUGCUUUACGCAUCAGCAGUGGAGCAGCGAAUGUUGUUGGACCAAAGAUCUGUUUUGAUGGUAAAAUCAUUAUGAGCCAUGUGUUAAAUAAUGUGGGACCAGGACUGAACAUUGUGGUGCUAAAUGGUGAAAAUGGAAUAAUGGAAAAAUGUGGCUACCUUAAUAUGGAAAUUGGAAACCCAGAAGACAUCCUGUUGUACCUGAAGGAGAUAAAAUCUGGAAUGAUUGUCUUGGUGGCCUCAUUUGAUGAUGUGGCAACAAAAAUGACAAAAGAAAUGACGGAGGUGUUCGUCAGCAUGGGGAGCACUUUGAUCAAGUCUGUGAAACACAGAGAUAGCUGGGUGUUUGCUGGAAGAGCAGGGGCAGAAAACAGAAGCCUCUUUGAGAAGCUUGCUGUUAAUGAUGAGAAAACCAACAUUUAUGAAAGUUGGCCGGAAAUGGUCGAGGUGGGCGGCUGUUUACCAAGGACCCAAACUGAAGGACAUAAACCUUAAAGGACCUUUGUGAUGAAGAGGAGAACAUGACUUAUUUAAGACUUCUCUGGAAAAAAGGAUGACUCUCCCAAUAGUUUAACACUCUUCUGAAACUCAGAACUCAUCUUCUUGGACUUACUGUAAUAUAUAUCUAAAAUGAUAUGUCUGUGUUACUCUACUUUGUAUUUUUACCACUGCUGUCAAUUCAUCGGGGAAGAUGGUUCCUUCCUCUGUUGCUCUUUCUGACAUUUCUGAGUUUUUCUUUAUCCCAAAUCAAAGGCCUAAGGAUUUUGUACAGAAUGUAAAGACGUCUGAGGCAAGGUUGUCAUUGUGAUUCUUUGAUUCUGGGCUAUUUAAUUUCUUAUACUGCACUGUAACUUUUAUUCUUGUUUUAUCUGUUUUUAUUUUUUUUACUGUUUGUUUUAACUGCUUUUGUGUAAAGCACUUUGAAUUGCCCUGUUGCUGAAAUGUGCUGUACCUUGCCUUGCCCAUGGA